AUGUUUGAGCGUCGAGCCGGUGAACGAUACCGCUUGCGGCUGCACCGCGCCCGCUCCGUGGUCUUGACCGAGCAAGAAAUCGUCGAAGUCCGCGCCGCCCAGCGCACCUUCGAGGGCGCAUACAUCCGCACCUCGCUCUCGCAGUUCUCCUUUGCCCUCGUCGUACUGAAGAUCUUCACCACCGAAUUCUACAGUAUUGGGGCGCUGUUUGCCGUGUAUGGCGCCGCCGUCAUGGUCGUCGGCUUGUUUCGCCGGCAGCAGGGCAACAAAUCGUUCUUCCAGGAGGUCGACGACGACGGGGUGAAUCGACGCAAGUUUCGGACCAGCGGCAAUGUCGUCGUCGUGCUGACUGCCCUGAGUGUGGCUGCGUAUGGCUGCCUGAUGGGAUUAACGCUGACGCUGAAAAUUUAA